AUGUCUACAGCGGAGCUCUUCAGCGCCCUGGGCUUCCCCGCGCGAGCAGCCGCCCGCGUGCUCGUUGCGCCGCGCUACCUCUUCAACGGCUUCUCGCACCUGCGAACGUGGAACCAGAAUGCAUAUGCACUUGCGCGGUACGGGCCGUCGUACCGCUGGCGCGUGUGGCUGCUGUUCGAUGCCGAGGACCUGGAGAAGCUCGAGCAUCUGAUCAACGACGGUUCGGACAAGGACGUCAUGGAAAUGCGCGAGGCAAAGCUGGAACAGUUUAGACUCGUGGCCCUGGUCGGCGCGCUCCUAGCAACACUAGCUCUCCAAGCCUUCUCCCUGCCUGACCUCAACAACACUACUUUUGUCGUGCGAGCAUGUUUCACACAAAGCACCAUGCUCUCGCUGCUCGCCACCUUCUUCACCUGCAUCCAGCAGCGCGAACUCGGCUACAUACGCACUGCGUCUGCGCUGCGCGUGUGGCUCUCCAACGGCAUCCAGUACCGCAAUGUUCGCUCGCAUCUCGCAUGGCAGAGCUCGCUGGCGUCGCUAACACUCAUGGAAGCCCCUUACGAACUCAUCAGCCUGUCUGUAUCCAACUUUGUCGCUGGCAUGUCCGCCUACAUGUGGAGUGCGUGGAAGGAUCAGCUCGACGUGCAGAAGGAAAAGGCCGGUAUGCAGGGACUGGCUGUGCUCGUGUAUUUCGCUGUCGGCACUGGCUUUGCGUUUUCAUUGUUUCCGGUGUUGCUGGGGAGUAAGGAUCGCGAGGGGAAGCGCACAUCAUGCUCAGACCAAGUCAAGGAAAUGCGGACACAAAAAUGCCGCUGA